AUGAAUUUGGGAAAUAGUUUAGAACCUGACUACUCUCAGUUUGGCAUUAAUUUUCCGGCACCAGCACCUAGUGACUACGACCAGGAAGGGAGUGUGAAACUGGAAAGUCUUAUUCCAAUCAACAACAUCACAACUGAAAGGACUGCUCCAAUUGAAACUCCAUUAAUCACUCUGUUUCCAGAUGAGAAAGAGAUAAGUAGUUUAAACGGAAAGGAAAACCUGAAUGUUGUGAGUGUAAUUGAUGUCAAUGAAAAUAGAGAGAAGAUUAGUCGUUUUGGGAAUAGAGAAAACUCUGGACGAGAUGGUAUGAAUAAAUCUAGUAGUGAUGAUCAUGAAGAAGAAAAGGAUAAAAAUUUGGAACUGACUGAAGAGAAAGUAGGAAAAUUGCAGCGAUUUGUUGUAUUGCUACGUGAAAGCAAUAUAACGGAAAAUGAUUUAAGUGAGUUGACAAGAUUACUCAAACAGAAAAAAGCGAUUAAUUCAAAAUCAGUCAGGUCAACUACCGGAUCCCGGAUUCUUUUCACUAACCCUACCGCAUCUAUCACCACAGCCUCAACACUUCAACGAACAAACGAGACAAACAAAGCCUUCAUCACUGCUCUGCCGAUAAUUUUUCGACAUACAGAACCAGAACCGGGUGAUGUCGUCGAUAGCGAAGAUAGCGAUCUACUCCCAUUUACUACUUCAAGACCUAAAAUGGGAGCAGUUAGGAUCAAAUAUCAAUCCCGCAAUCAGCAAAAAACCAAUUCGACAUCAGCAAUUUUUCAUCGUCCUAGGAAGUAUCCUCGUCGAACAGCAUAUCGGGCUCGAUUACCCUUUGUUACCAGUGCUACUCAUAUUGAAGCUAAAAUGGAGAAACCGAAACAGUCAAAAAUAAAUAUGAAUGGAGGAGCGAUUCAGCAAAUCCACUUAACAGAGCAAAAGUCAGAUGUCCUAAGACAGCAGUUUUUGCAACCAGCUGUUUUGAAUCCAUUCGCACAGUCGGAAGUUACUGCGCCAGCCUUUGGAAUUUUUCGAACUCCAACAUUUCCAUCUCCUCUUAUCAGCAAGCUACGAAUGUCAUUAGAACCCACCCUUCAUUUGUAUCCGUUUUAG